GCGAACUGGUUCAAAGCCGCACAAUACUGUCGAUACCAUGGCAUGCACUUGGCAAGUAUUGCAUCACAAGAAGAGAAUGACAGACUGGAAAAGCACAUACGAGACUUUGGUUUGGGUCACGAACACUUCUGGACAUCUGGCACCGAUUUAGCUGAUGAGGGUAACUACUUCUGGAUGGCCAAUGGCAGACCAAUAACAUUUACAAAUUGGAAUGCUGGCGAACCGAAUAAUUUCCGCUAUGAAAAUGGUGAAGAAGAGAAUUGUAUGGAAUUAUGGAAUCGUGAUGGCAAAGGCUUGAAAUGGAAUGACUCGCCGUGUAGUUUUGAAACGUAUUUCGUGUGUGAAGUGCAGCCAAUAUAAUAUGUUCAUCAAAGCGAUGUUAAUUGACUGAGAAACACGAUGAGGGAAAAAUGCUUAGAAAAGGAACAAAAGGAAACGCACACAGAAACAAAAAGGGAAAUAUUAAUAAAACUGCUGGGGGGAGCUACUUGAGUGUAAUUUAAGCAGGAAAAAGUGUAAAUUUCUUAUCGCUGAGAUUGUGGGGUACUGCAUUAAUGUAUGUGGAAUCAUUGCUUCGAAAUUAUAUGUGUAUGCCUUUGUAUUUUUGUUGCGGCACUUGUAUGUAGCGGCUUGUUAUGCACUCACAGAGACAAAUCGAAGGUUCAGCUCAUAAAAUUCACACACUACAGGCGAAAA